AGCAGCUGAUUAUAUUAUACAUUAAUAAAAAUCAUUAUUUUUAAAUUACUGCCAUGUUGGCAAUAUAUUACAAAUUUAAUUUUUUUAACAAGGUAUACUGUGUUAGUAAAAUAUUUUAUUUCUGCCACUUAGCGCUGUCAUUUGGCAACCCUGGCACGAAACCUUCAGCUGUGCUUUUGUAUACAUAUCAAAAUAACACAGCAAAACUGCAGCGAAAAUUCAAGAGUAAUCAUUUCUUGUCGUAAAUUGUAAAAAUAAAAGCCAUAAUCGCAUAAAAUGGAUGAGGAAGAGACGGCAGAAAUCGAUGAGGCAACCUCGAACGAGGCGUCAAACGCUGCACUUGCUGUCGCUGCUGCUGCAAGCGACGACAUGCAAGUGGUAGAGACAGAGACAGUGGCAGAGGCGAGUUCCGUGGCGGAGGCGGAGAAUGUUGUAGUACAAGCGAUAACUGAACAUAGCCGAGCACGACUUGAGAAUAUGCUUGAAGGAGUGGAAAAUAUGGUCGAGGAACUUAGUUAUCUUAUUGGCCAUGACGCGGCCUCCUACGAGGCGUCAAAUCCUGCAAUUGCUAACGCUGCUGCAGCGGCACAUCCGUCGGUACAGGCAGAAUCUGCCUCGGAUACUAGAACACAAUUUGAUACUGCACAUAGAGUAUAUCACAAUAGCACAGAUCGACUUACUAAUAUGCUUAGGGCAGUGGAUGACAUGGUCGUUGAGGUCAGCGAUUUUACAAAUUUAAUACGUGAUGUCGACACACUGAGAGAUGAGCCAGAUGCUACUACAGAUGAAGCACCAGCAGCUGCUGUUGAAACAGUAGCAGCUGCUGAUGAAGCAGAAGCAAGUGCAUCACCGCCUCCCGCUGUGGAGGAACUGCCACAGGAAGCGGAGCCACAGCAGGAAGUUGAGCCACACAUCGCAGAAAUGCCCGAGGACAGCGCCAGUAGUGAUAGCAUCAGCAGCGACAUGUCUCUGGGUAGUCCAGGCAGCGAAGAUGAUUCCGAUAUAGAGGCCAUGCCUCGCUGGAUGAUACCAGCGAACCGCGUGCGUUCUGCUGUCGAUAUGCUUGUGUCCCAGGCACGCACCCAGGAUGGCGGAAUCUCGAGUUUUUUGCGACGCGAGAACUUUUUGCAGCGUGUGCGGAGCAUGGUCUUUAGCCAAGAUCGCAUACGCAAUCGUGUUACCAAUGAAGCCAAUGCUGUUGCCGAGGAUACAGCCGAAGUGGAGACACCCCCAAUGGACACGGAGAUGAACGACGAUGUGCGCUUCGACACGAAUUUGCCAGCAGAACAUUCGUAUUUUGGCAACAAUUUGAAUCGUGUGCCUGGCGUGGAUUAUUUGGAAGUGGGAAGCACACAUCGCAUGCUCAUCUUUAUGCACCAGCAUAUCUUGUUUCCCGGUGAAGUGUUGCCCUUCAUGAUAAAUGGCAGCAUCAUCGAUGAAGAAGUUAAUGACGCGGGACGUGAUGGCGUCAUUUUUGGCGUAGGCUUCCCAUUGAUGCAGCCACCCGAUGAUAAUCCCCACAAGCUUUAUGGCGUCACAUGUCAGAUCUAUGAGAAGGGCGAGAGUGGCAAUCAUCUGGUAUUCUACAAAUCUCGUGCCCUGCAACGCAUUGUUAUCAAUUGCGACGACAUACAAGGAAAUCCUUUCAGACCGCCGCAGUAUAUCGCACGCAAUCCGACCAUGAAGUGCUACAGCAAGGUCAAGAUUUUGCCAGAAUAUUUCCUGCCCGAGCCGCUGAAAUGCCUAGACAUGGGCUCGUUGAAUCGUUUUCGUGAUAUACCCUCAAUGAAGGAUAAGUUCCAACGCUAUCAGUUGACGACAACGCCUUGGCCACUGGAGGCGUGUCAGGAGUAUUCGUUUGAGGAUAUCAUAGAGAAGGCACGCAAGAAGCUAGAAAUUCACAAGAUUGACACAAUGCCCCGGUGUCCCAUACAAUUGUCCUUUUGGUUGGUACGCAAUCUGCAUCUGACCGAGAAGAUGAUGCGUUUGACGUUCCUUACGAAUUCAGUGAACACAAGACUGCAGCUCAUUGGCACCACAUUGAAGCAGGAAUCGCUCUUCUACUGUCGCUACUGCAACAGCAGUUUGGCCUCUUGUUCCGAUCUGUUUGCCAUGUCCAAGCAUGGCGUGCAAACACAAUACUGCAAUUCAGGUGGCUAUAUUCACGAGACGAAUACGGUUUAUCGCGUCAUCUCGCAUGCCAUUGGCUAUAGCGGUGAACCAUCCACCGAGUUCAGUUGGUUCCCUGGCUAUCAGUGGCAUAUUAUUAUCUGCAAGUUCUGUGCUCAGCAUGUGGGUUGGGAAUUCAAGGCAGUCGAACCAAAUUUGGCGCCCAAGGUCUUCUUUGGCCUGGCUGGUUCCAGUGUCCGCAUCGGAAGAACCAGUGAGCGAACGCCAACCAACAAUGGCAGCACCUUUGUAGUCCGUAAUCUUAUGCGUCUCGUCUCUAGAGAAUUGGAAUGAGGCUGGCGACUAGUGAAACGCAUUGGCGGCGGCUUCAAUUGUUUAUUCUGCUACUGUUGUCGUCGAUGUCCACGACGACGUCGACCCGUUGGAUCUUUGGAGCUGCGUAAUCUCUAGCAAACAUAGCGUAGAGCAUUUAAAAUUCGUUUCACAAUUUUCUCCUAGAAAUAAUUAUACUAAUUUCCUU